AUGAUUACUUCACGAAUAUUGCUGCUCUGCCUGUCGGCAGUCAGCGUCCUCGCUUCGCCCCUAGUCCUUGAGACUAGAGACCCGGCCGUCGACAACAUCGUCUACGUGACCGAUGCUACUUCACACUGCAUGAUAAUGCCAAGGGACCCCCAUACCAAUAUUGGUGACUCUGAGCAUCCCGGAGGCAUGAAGACAUACUGCUCGCCAGCAGGGCGAUACUCCUCGAAACAGGGGCAGCUGCCUCCAGAUUUCUGGAGCAACGUUGCUUUCAAGACGGGCUACAACGCCAAAGGCAAACGAUACGCCCAAUUGACCGGAUGCAUUCGUCCAGAAAAGCUAUCGCGCUUGAACCCCAGCGACGGCGGAGGACAAUACGAUUCCUCUGGUGGAGCUGGGGGUCUUGGGAACCCGCAAGGUUCAGUCUGCUUAGGAUACAAGCACUACGUCGAGCUCGUCGAACCGGCAGACAAGCGUGCUUGCAUCAAGUGCUGCGACGAUCCGGCUGAUUGCCCUCUUAAUAAAGAUACUCAAGGGUGUCCAGCCGUAAUCAAGGGCAACUAUUUCAACUGCGGUUAA